UAUUUUACUAACAUUAACAUGCUGACAUGGCCUAAUGUCAUUGUCUGUCUCUGUUUGGUUUCUUUUUGUGUUUGGAUUUUUAACUGGUAAUAUAUGACCAUAGAUAAUUAUUCAACCAUGUCUUUUGGACUUUCUUGGCAAGUACAUUCUCUCUCUCCAAAGUUUUAGAGAAAGAUUCAAUGCUUUUGGAAAAUUACUAAAUGUGCAAACCAAACCCAAGAUUUAAUUGCUUCAUAACUUAUUUUCAUGAGCAUGCAUUAGUAUAGAAUCAAUGCCAUCAAAUGGAUCGCUUGGUGAAUCCUAUACUUUUGAGGCAGCCCAUAUAAGUGUUUGAUCUGAAAAGCUUGACAGCAAUCCCGUCUCCUCUGAUAUAAACUCUAUUCCAGGAAAAGGAGGGUUGUUCAUCGGUUGUAAAGAUGAGGGGAGCUGUUCUUGUAGCACUUGCUGCUACGGUGGGGAAUCUGUUACAAGGAUGGGAUAAUUCAACCAUUGCAGGAUCCAUUCCUUACAUCAAGGAGGAGUUAAAUUUGCAGUCUCAACCAGCAGUAGAAGGGCUGAUUGUAGCCAUGUCAAUUAUCGGUGGCACUACAAUCACAACAUUUUCUGGAACAGUAUCAGAUAUCUUCGGAAGACGUCCGAUGCUGAUAAUGUCGUCAAUUCUUUAUCUUCUAAGCAGCAUAAUUAUACUAUGGGCUCCCAAUGUUUAUGUCCUACUUUUGGCGAGACUACUUGAUGGUUUUGGAGUUGGUCUUGCUGUCACUCUUGUUCCUUUAUAUAUAUCUGAAACGGCUCCAUCUGAGAUGAGGGGGCAAUUAAAUACACUUCCACAGUUUAUGGGUUCAGGAGGAAUGUUUUUGUCAUAUUGCAUGGUGUUUUUCAUGUCAAUGAUGGAUUCACCAAGCUGGCGGUUGAUGCUUGGGACCCUGUCAAUCCCCGCUGUCAUUUAUCUAGCAUUGACGCUUUUUUUCUUGCCUGAAUCUCCAAGGUGGCUUGUGAGUAAAGGAAAGAUGAUCGAAGCUAAACAGGUUUUGCAGAGACUUCGUGGUAGGGAAGACGUUUCAGGUGAGCUGGCUUUGCUACUUGAAGGUCUUGGUGUUGGGACCGAGACAACAAUAGAAGAGUACAUUAUUGGCCCAGCCAAUGAGAUCACUGGUGAAACUGAUGCGAAAGAACAAGUUAAAUUAUAUGGGCCCGAGGAAGGUGUCUCGUGGAUUGCCAAACCCGUCACCACUGGAUUCAGUAGUUUAGGGAUGCUGUCCCGUAACGGCAGUUUGGCAAACCAAACCGUGCCUUUGAUGGAUCCACUUGUCACUCUAUUUGGAAGUGUGCAUGAGAACAUGCCUACAACGGGAAGCACACGCAGCUGCAUUUUUCCAAACACUGCAAGCAUGGUGAGUGUUGGAGAAAAUCAAGGUAGAAAUGAACAGUGGGACGAAGAGGGCGACAAGGAUGGCGAGGACUCUUAUCCAGAAGGUUCUAGAGCUGAUUCUGAUGACAAUUUGCGAAGCCCGUUACUAUCACACCAACAUUCUAGCAUGGAAAAGGGCAUCAGUCAUUGGCGCAAUAGCAGCCUCGUAAAUUCUGGGGAAGAAGGUGCUAUGGGUAUUGGUGGCGGAUGGCAGCUGGCAUAUAAAUGGUCUGAGAAGAUAGGUAAAGAUGGUAGAAAGGAAGGAGGGCUUCAGAGGAUAUAUUUGCACCAGGAAGGUACUAUUGGUUCUCAGAAGCAUUCCGUUACUUCCUCUGCUGGAAUUGACAUUCCUGAAGAUGAGUUUGUACAAGCUGCUGCUCUGGUUAGCCAACCUGCUGUUUGUUCCAAGGACAUACUGGGUCAAGCAUCAGAAGGUCUAGCAGCUAUUCACCCAUCAGAAAUUGCGGCUAAAGGUCCAAGCUGCGGUGACCUCUUUGAACCAGGAGUUAAGCGUGCAUUGAUUGUUGGAGUAGGGCUUCAAAUACUCCAGCAGGUUGCUGGCAUAAAUGGUGUUCUCUACUACACACCCCAGAUUCUUGAGCAAGCAGGGGUGGUAGUUCUUCUAUCAAGUCUGGGCUUGAGUUCAGCUUCUGCAUCUUACUUGAUGAGUAUUCUCACUACAUUCUUGAUGCUUCCUUGCAUAUUUCUUGCCAUGAGACUAAUGGAUGUCUCUGGCAGAAGGUCUAUUUUGCUGUACACCAUUCCUAUCUUGGUAGCAACGCUAGUUGCUUUUGUCCUUGGCAGUAUUGUCAACAUGGACUCGUCUUUGAAAGCAGUGAUCUCUACUGGCAGUGUUAUGAUGUAUUUGAGUUGUUUCGUUAUGGGCUUCGGAGUAAUUCCAAACAUCCUCUGUGCUGAAAUUUUCCCGACUCGUGUUCGUGGCAUUUGCAUCACAAUAUGUUCUCUGACAUACUGGAUUGGAAACAUCACGAUCACGUACUCGCUUCCUGUUAUGCUAAACUUCUUUGGCCUUUCUGGUGUCUUCACAAUCUAUGCCAUUGGAUGCGCGGUGUCAUGGAUUUUUGUUUUCUUGAAGGUUCCUGAGACAAAGGGCAUGCCCCUUGAAGUCAUCACCGAGUUCUUUGCUGUGGGUUCCAAGAAUGAUUGACCUGAGCAUCCUACUAGAGAUCAAAUCUCACUGUUGUUCUGCUGGAAUGAUUCCCUGUUUUUUUAUUUUUUUUGGACCUGUCAAUGUCCUACCCCUCUUUCUUUUUUUGUCAUUUUUAAUGAUGGGCACUUGCUGAUGUUGGUUCAGCAGUGGCUAGUAUGGCAGUCUAGCAGAGAUAAAUCGUUGGCACAGAAAGUGUUUCAGGAGAGGAGAGUAAAUCAAAUUUCUAUAAUAGGCACCACAGCAAAGAGAAAAAUUUUGGUUUUCACACUUGCUGAUGUAGGUUUUCACACUUGCUGGUGUCUUCACAAUUGAGUAAAUUAGUAUCUUUCUAUUCAAUAAUAAC